AUGCCAGUGCUCUUCAGCACAAGGCAGCAGAGAGUAGUGGCAGACGAUUGGGAAGAUUGGGAAGACGAGACCUUUGAGCCCAAGCUGGCAGCAGGGGCUGCAAACGGCCAUCAGUUUGAGACCAAGGGCCAGGCUGUACUAGCCAGCACCAAAGAACCCGAUGCUUCAAAAUUUGCUGGAGAGGACGAAGAUGAGGAUGCGCCCCCCACCUGGGAGAAGAACGUCCCCAAACCACAGCAGAAGAAGGAGGUUGCCAAAAAGUCCUAUGAGGACAAGGGGAGGUUGCAAACCAUUGAUGAGGGUCCCUUGGAUGAUCCAAUCGCUGAGAAACUGCGGCAACAAAGGCUGGUGGAGGACGCCGACUUUGCAGCGGCGCAGGAGCUGUUUGGCUCGAACAUCAACCUGGACACGUUGCAGCCCAAGUCAGCCAAGGACUUUGAGGACUUUGCCGCCGCGCUCGUGAACAAGUACAUGGCCCCGCACGCCAAGAGCGCGCACUACAAGGCGCUGGUCAAGGCCCUUGUCAAGAAUGCAGUGAAGCCCCUGGACCUGCAGCAGACCAAGGACAUCGAGACUGCGGUCGCAGGCAUGCGCUCUGACAAGCUCAAGGAAAAGACAGCCGCUGACGCCGCCAAGAAAUUGGCAGGCAAGAAGAAAACGCUGAAUGUGGGACGCAGCGGCGGCUCUGCGGGUCUGGAUGACUACAAGUUCGACGAUCCACUGGACGAUGAUGACUUCAUGUAGACCAGUUUUCCUUCAGUUGAUGGCUCUUGGGUCUCCCCGACUGUUGAUCAUGGUCACGAGCAGCCAAACUUAGAUAGUCUGCUAGUAUAUGUAGGCUUUUGCACAGCACACAGCGCGCCAAAGCGGGCUGAUGCAAGUUUGUUGCAAGUUCUUGCACAGACUAGUUUGAUUGUAACAGACGUGGGCAUC